UUAGCAAAAUUGUAAACGCGUGCACCAGGUGUUUUGGAAAAAAGAGGUGAAAGGAGAAAUUUGGUCAGAGUGUUAUUUAGAAGAAACAUCUUGUUAUUUAUCAUGGACCAACCUGCAGUUGAUCAAGGAAUGGGAAUGAAGAGACCAGCUGAAGAGGAUUACAAUAGUAAUGUUCAUGCAAAGAGGGUGAAAGAUGAAGAGGGUGGAGUCAGUGGAGAACAGACAACUCUACGCUUUCUACUUGAGAGCAGGGAUGCUGGUGGUAUCAUUGGCAAGGGGGGACAGAAUGUGAAAAGAUUACGUAGUGAGUUCAAAGCAGUGGUCAAUGUCCCGGAUACCAAUACCCCCGAGCGUGUGUUAACCAUUACUGCUGCUUAUGAUGAUGCAAUGGCCAUAUUUUCAGAAUGCUUACCAAAGAUCGGUGGGCGCCAAUCCAGUUCUAAUGGGAAAGAAAUCCAGAUGCUAGUACAACGAAGUCAGGUUGGGAGUGUGAUUGGGCAAAAAGGACAGAAAAUAAAGGAAACUCGGGAGAAAACUGGAGCACAAAUCAAGGUUCAUUCUGAUUGUUUACCAGGAUCAACAGAAAGAAUUGUGUCCAUUCGUGGUUCUGAUGAGGUUAUUGUGAACUGUGUUAAAGAAGUUAUUGAUCAAUUAAACGAAUCUCCCUUGAAGGGGUCAGUGUCCUUGUACGACCCAGCUGGCAUGAAUGACUGGGAUUAUGGUGGUGGUUAUGGACCUGGUGGAGGUGGCCGAGGACGUGGAGGAGGAAGAGGACGGGGUGGUCGAGAUGGAGGAAGGGGAGGAUCUCGUGGAGGCCGUGGGGGAAGAGGUGGUUUUGGUGGUGGUGAUAAUAUGGGAUAUGGAGGAAACUACUCACAAGAUUUUGGUGGUGGAAACAUGGGAGGUGAUAUGGGAGGUCAGUGGAAUCAAGGAGGACCUUCAGCAGGAGGAGAACAAACUCAGACACAAGUUACCAUUCCUAAAGAUGUAAGUAACAUUUAUCAAGGUCUUCAAUAUCAAAAUGGAAAUUUUACUUUCUUACCAAUUUUAAACCAGUUUUUUUUAUGUAUCCAAAUGCAUCAUAUAAACAAAUGUCAAAUAAAUUGUGCUUUACAGUUGGCGGGGUCUAUUAUUGGAAGAGGAGGAGAGAGGAUAAGACAAAUAAGAAAUCGCAGUGGUGCAAACAUAAAGAUCGAUGAUCCUCUUCCGGGUUCAAAUGACAGGAUAAUCACCAUUGGGGGCAACCAAUCCCAGAUUAAUUUUGCUCAGUUUCUUCUUCAACAAAGUGUACGACAGUACUCGGGCAAGAAUUACUAAACUUAUCCUGGACAUGUCUGGUCACAUGAUUUGUCAACACCAUUAGCUUCCUAUGACAAGUUCAUGGACUUUUUCUGAACAAAACUCUUUUUUUUUCUUAAAUCCUUAUUUGAAAAAUUUGCAUUUACUUAUUUGUAAAGAUUGCUAUGCUAGUUUGAAAUAUUUCUCUUAACUUAAUUAAUUCAAUUCUGUUCAGAUUUUCAUUUCAUCUUGGUUUUCCAGUGAAGAGUAAUUUGCAUUGUUUUUAAAAGCACUAUACCCACCUUGCACUGAAGAUUGAACAGUAGUUCACUGAAAACUCAGCUUUAAAAUGCUGGAAAUAAUCUGAUUUUUUUUAGCAUCACUACAGAUCAAGUGUAAUAUAGAAAAGUGAUUGAACAUUUUAUUGGCUAUUAUUAUUUUUUUGUUGUUGUUGUUAUUUGUUUUUGUGACUGAAUGUGUUGGGAAAUGACCUGUACAUCUGGUUCAAUUAUGUUAUAGAUUCUUAAAUUUGUUGUAAACUUAAUAAAGCUGGUCAACUUGAAAA